CCUGCCCGAGGUGGCUCCCGUGGUCGUUUGGCGUCUGGUGGAGGCCGUGGAGAAACACGGUUUGAACAGCGAGUCUCUGUAUCGAAGUCCUCCAGCCUCCGGCGGACCUGCAGAGCUGCGACAGGCUCUGGACUCAGAUCCAGUCUCAGUGGACCUGGACCAGUAUGAUGUGGUUUCUCUGACUGAUGCUCUCAGAGGUUUCCUGCAGGAUCUGCCAGCCCCCAUCAUCCCCGCCACAGUCUACAGCGAGCUGGUCUACACCGCUCAAGAGAGUCAGAGCGUGGAGGAGUGCGGGGAGAGGCUGAAGAGGAUCCUUGAGUCUCCCAGCAUCCCUCAAGCCAACCACCAGCUCCUGGUCCACCUCAGCAGACACCUGGCCCGGGUCAGCCAGCACAGCCAGUCCGGUCCCCGUCUGCUGGGACAAACCUUUUCUGAGGCCGUCUUCAAGCUGUCUCCUCUCAGUGCCGACGUGAACCCGGAGCAUCACGUCAGGAUCCUGGAGGCUCUCAUCCAAACAGGAGGUCUGAUGGAGAUGCAGGCUGCACCAGCUCUUCCUCCAAAGCCGGCGAAGCCCCAGCAGCCCUCCUCGGUCGGGGUGGGAGGGGGCAGCAGCAACAACAGCGCCAAGGACGGAGGAGCAGGAGGCUCGCUGCAGGAGGCCGAGUGGUACUGGGGAGACAUAUCAAGGGAGGAGGUGAACGAUAAGCUCAGAGACAUGCCCGACGGGACCUUCCUGGUUCGGGACGCUUCCACCAAGAUGCAGGGCGACUACACGCUCACGCUGAGGAAAGGAGGCAACAACAAGCUGAUCAAGAUCUACCACCGCGACGGGAAGUACGGCUUCUCCGACCCCCUGACGUUCAGCUCAGUGGUGGAGCUCAUCAGCCACUACAGACACGAGUCUCUGGCUCAGUACAACACCAAGCUGGACGUCAAACUCAUGUACCCCAUCUCCCGCUUCCAGCAGGACCAGCUGGUGAAGGAGGAUAAUAUUGAUGCUGUGGGGAAAAAGCUGCAGGAAUACCACAAUCAGUACCAGGAGAAGAGCAAAGAGUACGACAGACUGUACGAAGAAUACACAAAGACGUCCCAGGAGAUCCAGAUGAAGCGGACGGCCAUCGAAGCCUUCAACGAGACCAUCAAGAUCUUCGAGGAGCAGUGCCACACGCAGGAGCGCUACAGCAAGGACUACAUCGAGCGCUUCCGCCGCGAGGGCAACGACAAGGAGAUCGAGCGGAUCAUGAUGAACUACGAGAAGCUCAAGUCUCGGCUCGGGGAGAUCCACGACAGCAAGGUGCGGCUGGAGCAGGACCUGAAGACACAAGCCAUGGACAACCGCGAGACGGACAAGAAGAUGAACAGCCUGAAGCCCGACCUCAUACAGCUCCGCAAGAUCAGGGACCAGUAUCUAGUUUGGCUCAAUCACAAAGGAGUUCGUCAGAAACGAAUUAACGACUGGCUGGGAAUCAAGAACGAGAACACUGACGAAGGUUACUUUGUGAGUGAGGAGGACGAGAACUUGCCUCACUACGACGAGAAGAGCUGGUUCGUCGGCGACCUGAACAGGACGCAGUCGGAGGAGCUGCUCCUCGGGAAGCCGGACGGAGCGUUCCUCAUCCGGGAAAGCAGCAAAAAGGGCUGCUACGCCUGCUCCGUAGUUGUCGAAGGCGAGGUGAAGCACUGCGUCAUCUACAGCACACCGCGCGGCUUCGGCUUCGCCGAGCCCUACAACCUGUACAGCAGCCUGAAGGACCUGGUGCUCCACUACCACCAGACCUCGCUGGUGCAGCACAACGACUCGCUCAACGUGCGCCUCGCAUACCCCGUCUACGCACAGAUGCCCUCCGGACGCAGAUGAACCCCAUCAGCCCGGCUGACCAAACACCCCCCGGACAUAGACAACAAACCAACCCUCCCUUCUUUGGGACGGGAGAACGAAAGGAAGGGAGCGGGAGGGCGAGAGAGGGGGCUUUGGUCAAAAUACAAAAAAACACCCCGUAAAGAUAGAAACGAAUUUAACACUUGCUGCAACACACACGUCAGCCACCUUGGAGUUAUAUAUAUUUUUACAAGAACAAUUUCGGAGGGCAUUCUUUCUAAAGACUGCUUGAUUUGCACAAGGAAGUUUUAAAUGUUUGUGAAUGUGAAAAAAAAAAAAAAUGACUGAAGGAAGGAAGGAAGGAAACGGAGUAGGAGACUUCAGAGUUUCAGGUUGACCCCGCUGCUACCUAAACUCCAGCUCAGACUUUUUUACCAGAAACCACGCGAGCAACGACGAAGACGACGACAAAACAUUCCCGUUUUUUUUUUGUUUGUUUUUUUAUUUCCCACCUCAGAUGAAUUUAUUCCAACCUUUCCGUUUUGUUUUUGUUUUUGUUUCUGGAGUCGUUUUCAUGUUUCCUUUUGUUGACUUUAUGUUUGUGGUAAAUGCAAGAGGAGAUGAUGUCAAGCGUCUGUUCUGUGUCCCUCUCCGUACGUACGAAAAGCAAAAAUAAUGUAGCAUAACGAGACAACGGACACUUGUUUUUUUUCCUCGAGUGUUCCUCCAUGUAGACUGCUGCUGAAGGGGUUAGGGGUGGGAGGGCGGGGGCACAAGCGACACAAACCAGAGUUUUGUAGUCUUGAAAGAAAAAGCUUGCUUUUAUACUAACUGUAGUUUUUUCUUUUUUGCUUUGCUGGAACUUAUUUUGUUUUUGCCAAUGUGUAAACGGCAACGUCACCGAUCAGAACCAGAGACCAAAGUUGGUGUGGAGAGGGAAGAAGGGGCGAAGAGUCAGUGUGUGUUUCUUUACUUUAUUCUCUUUGUGAAAGAAAAGCAAAACGAAUGGUGUGUUUGAGACCCGACCACACAUAAAACUGAGUUUUUUGGAGGGGGGCACCAAAUCAAACCAAAUGGUACGUAAACAGAUAAAUGCCAGGACCUCGUCUGUAAAUACAGACGGUCGAGUAAGAAGCACUUAAACGAGUUCCCAUCUGUGACCUCGGCAGCUGAGACGAUUCGUUAAGACCAAACAAGUUAAUUUAUAGAGAAAACGCCAGUUUUCCAGCAACGUUUGAGUCCAAUAUUUCCACAAACUCCAGCCGCUCCGCUCUGCCGGGUCGGUUUGUGGAAACAUCGGAUCGCGCGGCGAGUUUUACGCAACCAAAUCACAGAACGCGACGAGCGCCGAGGUCACACAUGAUGGUCAGUUUCACCAAAAUCUGACCACGGAAACCCGAAACCCAUUUUUUAUGUGUGGUUUAUGAAACAAACAACGACAAAAAAAAACAGCGAGCGAUGCAUGAAUAUAUGCCAACGACUGUGGGGUGAUGAACUGUUUGGGACUGUUUGUGUUUGUUCAGAAAUAAUAAGCUUUGAUAAAAUGUUUAACGUGUUGAGAGCGGGCGAGGAGGAGCGCGGAGGCGAGCUGAAGAUGCAGGCUUUAGAGGAAAAUACCGAAACUUGAAAGAACGUGCAAUCCUAGCGUUGUGUAGUUCAGCAGUCGAGCAGCGAGCGAGAGUGAGAUGCACUAAAGGUCCGAGAGAUAAUCACAGUGCACAGUGAAGCUUUUUUUUUUUUUUUGAGUGUGUGUUUGUCUGAUUUCCUCUUUUUUGUUUGUUUAAACUCAGAACCUCUUUGCCGGUGCUCGACUUUAUAACCAGUGGAAGCAUCACAAUAAAAAACAUCUUGAAAAAACUGACGAGAAAAACACAAAAAA